AUGGAGGCCGAGCGCUGCCUCCAGGUCCAUGCCAUCACCACCGGGGAUGAGGCCGCUUCCCUCCACGUGCGCCUCGGCGACGCCAAUGCAUCCCAUCUGUGUUGCACAGCCAUUGCGCUAGCCCAUCUUCGUGGUGGGGAGAGCAGCAGUUGGCACCCUGCAGGGCGCAAGAGCUGCAGCAGGCAUGCUGGCCACCGGCACCUAGCGCAGAGCUGCACUCUGCAUAUGCAAAUGCCAAACAGGCAGAAGCAUAGCAGCUCUAGGCUAGAAGAUGCCAGGCAGCAUGCAAAUCGUAACAUGAUAGUGAUGUUGAUUGGAAACAAAUUAAAUGUGAUCUUUUUCAUAGAGGUGUUGUCAGCUAUGAGGAAGGAGAACAGGGAGCAUGGUCUUGUCUUUAUUGAGGCAUCUGCUAAAACUUCACAAAACAUCGAGGAGGUCAAUGAUAGUGGGCACUUCUAUGGCAUGGUUGAGAUGGUUGGAACUGUUGAUUUUCAAAAGGACAUGGACUUCUCGUGUGAGGAUAAAUAUCACACUGCAGAAUAA